UUUGACACAAACGACAUGCAGUACCAAAACAGGAAGUCGCAAAUAAAACUAGCUAGUGUUCGUUCAAUCAUGCAACGAUGUUUAAAAACGUGUUUCGAUCUGGUUUUCUAAUUAGGACCGCACAUGUCCUCCUAACAUGGGUUAUUACACUGAUACUAUUCUUGCAUGACACCGAUCUCCGAAGACAAAGGGAGAAUGGAGAGUUGAUGCAGCCUGUAGUGUUUUCCUUGCUAGUCCUGCUGUCAGUGAUGCUGUAUUUCACUGUCUCUCUGAUGGACCCGGGCUUUGUUCUUUCUGACAGUAUCAAGUAUGCCCAGGGCUCAGGUGAAGAAUUGGAGGAGAUGAUCCCUCAAAACCCCAUACCUCGCCUGCGCCGGUGUGGCUACUGUCUGCUACAGCAGCAGCCCAUGAGAGCUAAGCACUGCCAGGCCUGCAAACAUUGUGUGCGACGGUUUGACCAUCACUGUCCGUGGAUAGAGAAUUGUGUGGGUGAGAGAAACCACCGCUGUUUCAUCAUCUAUCUGGCUGUUCAGCUGCUUGCUCUACUCUGGGCAUUGCAGAUUGCUUGGUCAGGUUUCCAUUCUUCUGGCACUUGGAAACUGUGGAUCAUUGUGAAUGGGUUUCUGCUGGCAGCGCUGUGUGUUGUAGGUGUGAUGUCUUUGGUUGUGGUCCUGCUCCUGGGCUGCCACCUCUAUCUGAUCUCCAUCAACUCCACCACCUGGGAGUUCAUGUCCCGCCACCGGAUCACCUACCUGAAGAGCUACAGUGACGAGGAGAACCCCUUUGAUCGUGGCAUUCUCUGUAAUCUUUGGGACUUCUUCUGCAUGUGCCGAACUGUGGUGUGGGAGCAGGUGUACUACAGAGGGAGCCACAAUCACGUCUGACCUCACUCUACAGACAACAUGCCCAUACAUUACAUUACAUUACAUUUAAGUCAUUUAGCAGACGCUCUUAUCCAGAGCGACUUACAAAUUGGAUACCAGGCUAUAGGAUUAAGCCAGGGUCGUGGCACCGCAUAGGCCUUCCAUUCUGCUUCCCCCAUAAUUUAGAUUUUUUGCAAAGUUGAAGUUGCCUAAUGUUUUGAUAUUUAUGUAAUACAUGGUCCUAGGUAUUUUUUAUUGUUUUGUUUAACUGAGUGACAGUUUUUCAUGAGUCAUUGAGUAUGCUAUUUUCCAUGUUGAACUAAUGAUGUACUGUAAUAUUGAAAGGUGUUGAUCAAAAAUGUUAUGCAUUAACUUUAGUACUCUGUUUUAUAAUAUGUUGAAACGUUAGAAUUUUUACCUGUAUUCUUUGAUAAAACUUUUCACUCUUUCAUUAAUUGGAAAUAAUGUAUUCAUAUUUUUGUAUUUAUUGACAUAGACAACACAAUAAAACACUAAUGAUUUCAA